AUGUUCGCGGCAGCUUCCAUCCCCGGAUCGAGGCAAGGGUGCUUCAAGUGUGGUAACCUCGGCCACAUUGCCGAAAACUGCCAGUCGCCCGCGCGCCUAUGCUACAACUGCAGGGAAGCAGGCCACGAGUCGACAAACUGCCCGCGCCCGCGCACCACCGACGGCAAGCAGUGCUACGCGUGCGGCGGCGUCGGACACGUCAAGGCCGACUGCCCCUCCUUGCGCGGCGCGCUCAUGGGCGGCCUCGGCAUGGGUGGCGGCAUGGGCUCGGGCAUGGGAAUGGGAGGGGGUGGUGGUGGUGUUGGUGGUGGUGGCGGGCUGGGCGGCGGUGCUGGCGGCGGCGCGGGCAUGGGCGGCCUCGGCGGCAUGGGCGGCGGCAUGGGCUUUGGCGGGGCACAGAAGUGCUACCAGUGCGGCCGCCCGGGCCACAUUGCUCGCAUGUGUCCCGCUGGAGGCCGCCCGCGCGGCGCGUUCGCGGCGGGCUUUGCUCGGCCCCGCGUAUCCAACCCGGACGGCACCCCCGUCAAGUGCUACCGGUGCAACGGCGACAACCACCUGGCGCGCGACUGUCUCGCACCGCGGGACGACUCGGCGAAGAAGUGCUACAAGUGCAGCGAGACGGGCCACAUUGCACGUGACUGCCCCGUGAACAACGACGACCUUCCGACCGCCGAGUAA